AUGUUGACUGCUUCAUGCACCCGUGCAAGGUGCAGCUGUUCGACGACACGAUCCAGAGAAGAUGUCCGUCUACAGGCGGAGGAGACACUUUUGUUGGCCAAGAUCGAAGAGCAUAUGGACGACACAGCUGAGAAUCAUGACCCUAGCGUGAAACGAUCAAUCCCGCUAGCGAAGAUACCCAACUUUAGCGUUUCUAACACUGCCACAGCACCAUGUCGCGAGUCCUUGUCAGCAAUGAUGCACCGUGCUGGUACGAAGAUGAUAGAGAUGUGUCUUCAUGUCAGACUCGAGCUGCAUGGCUAA